ACGCGCCGCAUUCCUGCCUGAAGAGCCGCGGCGCCCCGAGGGGGCCGUCAGACCGGGGAGCGACGCCGCUGCGCUCGGCGCGCUUGUCACACUCCGCUCGAGUGCAUCAGGAAAACACUAUUUUUUUUUCCUUUUAUACUGGUGGCUUUUUUAAGUGUUUUUUUUCUACCUUUAUUUAUUUAGGGGUUGGUUUUUUUUGCUGACAUUUUAUAGUUAAGGAUUCUUUUUUCCUUCUAAGAAGCAACAGCAGAGAAAACACCGUAAGCCUCGUUAUUCUGAGGCUUCGAGAGAAAACCUCGCUUUUGAGCUUCGCAUAAGGCGCGGCGAGCCCGGCCGCCAAGGACAAAAGAGCGGCUGCGUCCCUGCCGGCACCGCCAUGAGCAGCGCGGAGAUGGGCAAGUUCAACAUCUCCCCCGACGAGGACAGCAGCAGCUACAGCUCCAACAGCAACGACUUCAGCUACCCGUACCCCACCAAGCCGGCUGCCAUGAAGAGCCACUAUGCAGAUAUUGAUCCAGAAAAUCAAAAUUUCUUACUUGACUCCAACGUUGGAAAGAAGAAAUAUGAAACUCAGUAUCAUCCUGGUACUACUUCCUUUGGAAUGUCAGUAUUUAAUCUGAGCAAUGCUAUUGUGGGUAGUGGCAUCCUUGGUCUUUCUUAUGCCAUGGCUAACACUGGAAUUGCUCUUUUUGUGAUACUCCUGCUAUUUGUCUCAAUAUUUUCUUUGUAUUCAGUGCAUCUCCUUUUGAAGACUGCCAAUGAAGGAGGCUCUUUAUUAUAUGAACAACUAGGAAUGAAGGCAUUUGGUAUGGCUGGAAAACUUGCUGCUUCUGGGUCAAUUACAAUGCAGAACAUUGGAGCUAUGUCAAGCUACCUCUUCAUAGUGAAAUAUGAGUUACCAUUGGUCAUCAAGACAUUUAUGAACAUCGAAGAGAACACAGGAGAAUGGUAUCUUAAUGGUGACUACCUGGUGCUGAUGGUGUCUAUCAUUCUCAUUCUUCCUCUAUCCUUAUUGAAAAAUUUAGGAUAUUUGGGCUAUACCAGUGGUUUUUCCUUACUUUGCAUGGUCUUCUUUCUGAUUGUUGUAAUUUGGAAGAUGUUUCACAUUCCUUGUCCUAUGGACAGUGACAUCAUGAACAUGACUGUAAAUGGAACACUGGCACCUCUGAUAGAGGAAAACAUAACAAGUGAUGAUAUAUGCAAGCCAAAGUACUUCAUCUUCAAUUCACAGACUGUCUAUGCUGUCCCAAUCCUAACGUUUUCUUUUGUCUGCCAUCCUGCAAUUCUUCCUAUUUAUGAAGAACUGAAAAGCCGAAGCCGUAAAAGAAUGAUGAACGUGUCCUAUGUUUCUUUUUUUGCCAUGUUUCUCAUGUAUUUAUUGGCUGCUCUCUUUGGAUACCUGACAUUUUAUGGAAAUGUUGAACCAGAAUUGCUUCAUACCUACUCUGCUUAUCUGGGUCCUGAUAUUCUUCUUCUUAUUGUACGUCUCGCUGUACUUAUGGCUGUAACCCUAACUGUACCUGUAGUUAUUUUCCCGAUCCGCAGUUCUAUUACCCAGCUGCUGUGGGCAGGAAAAGAGUUCAGAUGGUGGCGUCACUGUUCUAUUACAGUUGCUCUUCUGGCGUUUACCAAUGUGCUUGUUAUCUUUGUCCCUACAAUUCGAGACAUCUUUGGAUUCAUUGGUGCAUCUGCUGCUGCCAUGCUGAUCUUCAUACUUCCUUCUGCAUUCUAUAUCAAACUAGUGAAGAAGGAACCAAUGAAGUCAGUGCAGAAAAUUGGGGCUGUGCUCUUCUUUCUAAGUGGUAUACUUGUGAUGACUGGGUGUAUGACACUGAUUAUUCUAGACUGGACCCAGAAUGUUGCAUCUGAUGGCCAUUAACUGUCCUGGUUUAAUCUCUAAUACUCCACUUCAAAUGCCAGUGUUCACUCAGAUACCUACUGAGAAUGAAAAUGAGCUAUCCAGCUUCCUUUAAAAUGCAGAUUCUUUGUUGCUGGUUCUUCUGACUGUAGAAUACCUGAACUCUGUCUUUAAGAAACUAUUCUGCAUGAUGGAAAUGGAUAUUAACAUCAAACCACAUGAGUGUCUGGCUGAAGGAAGUGACAAUUUUAUUCCAUUCCAGAGAAUGGACAGAACUCUCUGUAGACUUUUAUCGAGCCAUGUUUGGCUUUUGUCAUUGUUACUUGGAUAUUUUGUUAUUUUACUUGAAUGUGCCUAAUGGAACCAUUUGAUGUGAGAAGUAACUCUUAAUUUACAGCAAAGUGUUUAAAUAACCAAUGAGAGAGAGAGGGGGAGAGAGAGAAAAACGCUAUUGUUUUUUUGUACCAAAAAUUCUUAUGGACCUCAAAAGCACUAUUUUGACUUUAAGAAACAUUUUUCUAAAAAGAAUGAAAGAAUGACAUAAAGAGCUCACUAAAAUAGUUAAUCAGUGUCCUAAAUUAAAUAUAGUUUGCCUUUCUGUAGAGGCAGAAUUAAAAGGAAUCUUAUUUUAAAAAGUCUAGUGACCAAAACAGAAAAAGAAUGAAUUUAAGUCAAAAUCCUCUUAAUUAUAAAUACUUUUGAUGGAAUUCACUAAACUUGAAAUAUAGUGAAAAUAAUUCUCGAUAUCAUUACUCAGUGUACCUAAGUAAAUACAAUUUAUCUUGGUUUCUGAAAAUGGUAUGGAAACUGAAAUUUUCAAGCUUUAAAAAAAUUCAGCCCCCCAGAAUGGGUAGAUCUGAGAAAAAUGGAGUUAAAAAUUGUAUAACCCAUAAAGAUGGUGUGGACACUUCCCUUCUUGAGGUACUCAAUAGUGCAAUUGGGUGAAACAGGGUUUGGGGUUUUUUGCUUUUUUCGAUUUCUUGCAGUUGCAGAUAUAAACUGAAUGGCACUGAAGCAUAUCAUGCCAUUAAUAUACAACUCCCUUUUUGAGUUCUGUUUAUUAAUGAUCGUAAGGUCCAUUGUCAGUUGUAGCUAUGUUUGGUUUCUUUUCUGCCCAAUCUUUCUUGGAACAUGCUGUAGGAAAACAAAAAAUUUUGUUAAACUACUAAUGUAGUUUACUAGUUGUAUAAUAUUCAAAAACUGUGCAGUAUUUCUCAAGUUACUCAUCCAUUAUUGGAUUUUGAAUUACUUGACUAUUUUGUUUAUAAGUCAAAUCCACAAAAUAACUGCACCAGUAUUUCAUGCUUGGUACAAACUCUCUUCACAUACACAACUGGGAUUCCUCUUGCGAUUUAUACUGUAUAUUAGUAUUAAAGAUAACCUCAUAGACUGGAUAGUCAUCUCAUACUUGUUUGCUUCAGAAAUAGGUAGGUUUCGUAUGAGCCCUAGCUAGCUAAUGAAACAGGUGCUGUAUGGUUGUGAUUAGCUGUUUUGUUUCUAGUGCAUGUUUACUCUUUCAUUCUUAUCCCAGGUUGAAGAGAAAUAACACUUGUAUAACAGCGUACUUGGCUUAAGAGGUUCUCAGAGACCACAAUAUUGGGUACAAGAGCCUAGAUAGAGAUUAUUAAUGAAAUAGUCAUGGCAAUGUGGUCAGCUGUCUUCAUCUAGCUUAAUGUUUUAAAAAUAUGAUUUACAAAGUUCUGUUUAGUAGUUGUGUCACAGGGAACAAGUAAGGGCAUAUAAUCCAUUGAUUAAACAGCGCCUAAGAUUUUUUGCUCUUGCAGGAUCAGUCAGGAACAAAUCUAAAUUAUAGUCACUAUUUGGCAGGUAAUGUCAAUCUCUGCCCAGCCAUUUAAAAUUAUGAAAAAAUUGCAAGUAUUUUGUAUCAGUACUUCUGCAUGACUCUUACUACUGGUCACUACUUCUGUAAUAUACAACUAUAAUGAGAAGUUAGAUUCCUCUUGUCUUGUUCGUAUUUUUAGUCCAGUGGUACUCAACUGGCAAUUAAGAAUCCUGGAGUCAGCACUGACUAAAGCUCCUUAGGUACUUCUCUGCCUCAGGUACUCUACACCCAUGUUACCUGAUCUAUGUACAGGAGUGCUGAGCACAGGCCUCAGUACUUUGGCAGCUUCUCUUCUUCUUCUCUGCGUACAUAUAAAGGUGGAAGAAGAUUAAGGUGGAAGAAGAUUAAAAUGUUCUCUGCCUUUGAGCAAUUUGUAGCACAUAAGGGAUGAAGCGCUUCCCUUGCCAGCAUAAAAAAGGAAGUGAGAAAUAACCUCCUUUCUCUCAGUAACCAUAGAAGAGGAAGAGGUGUAAAUGAGAAGUUACUACACAGUCCCUCUCGGCAGCCAGAGAGAAGGGAAAUUUCAUGAUGACACCUCAUUGCGUUGUAUCUCAUAUGUCACUUAAUUCUCUUAAUGUAGCAAUUUGUGGAUUUUACAUGCUGUAUCUUAUUAUUUGAUGACUGACUCUCUAGCUGCGACAGUUGAGUUCCACUUGGCUAAGCUGAUUUCCAAUAAUAAGAAUUUUUCAAACCUAUCUGCUUAAAGUUACCUAAAUAACAAACCACCUGAAAGAGCAGCUUCAGUAUUAAACCACUGUUUUGUCACCUCAGUUAGACAUUACUGUCUUCCAUGGUAUUUCAGUCAUAAAUGUAACAUGUUAUUUAUAAAGCAUUAAUCCAUUAAAACUAAACCUAUUUUUCAAUAUUUAUGAUAGUCUGUGUACAUAAAUUGUAUGUGUGUAUAUACUGUAAGUAUAGUGUAUAUAAUGUAGGUUUGGGAUUUGGGAUCUAUGUAUAUAUUCCUCUCAUUAUUGAUUAUUGCAUCAUUUCAAUGAGUUCAUGUUGUACAUCUGUAUAAGAAAUGUCAAAGGAAAGGUUCUUUUACAGCAAAAUGUAGUGCUUACAAAGUGGAAAUGUGUUUACAUCUAAGGUGUGGGGGGGAAAAAAAAACACUAAGAUUGUAUUUAUUAUAAAUGUAUCUGUUGCAAUAAACACAGGAGUCACUUGGGUCCAUAAAAAAGCAUUGUUUGGGUUCAUGUAUGAUUCUCAUACAAAAUUUACCAUGGAUGUUACAAUUUCCUGAAUGCUGUGACUUAACAAUCUUUAUGAUCUAGCAUAUUUGUUAGGCCAUCAACUUCAGGCAUCCUACGGUACAUCCUUGUACAUAUGUAAAUAUCCACUGUACUGUCAGAGGCCAACAGUCCAGCUACAGUUGUUGGCAGGGAGUGCAACAGUUUCAAUGAAACAUUGUACGUUUGUUUUAACUGAACUUAAAUAAAUAAAUAGAUAAUCCUAAACAA